UAUCAAAUAUUCAAUUGUGCACAAGAAUAAAAUAUUCCAAAUACAUAGUUCAUACAGAUUAUUCACCAUAUGUAAUUAAUUAUUAUAUACUCAUACCUAGUCGUUUUACUCGCACAGGCAACAUAAUAAUGAGGAUGAUGAACUAUUUCAAUCAAAACUCUAGUAGGUAACAAUCAAUAUGUCAUAUGGUGAUCAAUAUUUCUAAUUAUUUCAUAUUUACUCAAAAAAAAAAAAUGCGUCAGAGCGUUAAUUCCGACAGAAGAUUUUCUGAUUCAGAACCACAAGAUGAAGCCUACCAUAUUUUCAUUAACAAUGUCGACAGCUUCAAUGGAAAAUAUAUAUUAUCCAGUGUAUACAAACAGGGUUUCGAGGAAGUAGCAUUUUCGGAAAAACGAGAUGGUGAGGAUAAUCUUUCUGAGGAAAAUAUAGAAGUUUCUUCUGAAAAAAGCGAACCUUUAGAAUUAGAAAAAAAUGAUAGUGAAAUGAAUCAAUCGUUGACUCUCGACCAGAUUAUCAACGCAAAGGCUCAAGGCCCUCGCGUAGAAUCGAAAUAUAAAAUAUUUGGUUCAAUGAUGUCAGCUGCGAAACCAAAACCAGAAGAACUAUUCGAAUUAACAGCAGAAAGUAAUGAACAGUUCAAAAAUAUUCUCACAAGGUGUUCUUGUGUAAUUUAUGACAUAAGCCUGGACGACGCUCAAAUUAGCAAGGCUCUAACAGCAUUGUCAAUUUUAGAACAAGACAUUGAAAGAAAGAAAUGUUCUGCUUCGAAGCAAUGUUCCCAACCAGUUUUAUUCAUUCUUAUAUCAACAUGCAUGACGUGGGCUCUAACCACUAGGAUGGACCCUACAGAUCCAGAUCCUAUACCGUUUGUUGAGGCAGAUUAUCGUAGGAGGAAACCACAUCCCAAUUUUAAGGAACAUUACGAUUGUGAAAGGGAUGUUAUGAAGAGAGGGAGGAAGUUCAAAGGGAAAUUGCAGACCAUUGUUGUAUGUUCUGGUAUAACUUAUGGAUUUGAGGAGAAUAUGUUGGCGUUCCUGUUCAAGAGAGCAUGGAGCAACGAUCAGUACUUACCGAUUUUUGAAACUGGAAGCAAUUUCGUGCCCCUAAUUCAUGUUGCUGACUUAGCGCAGGUUAUAUGUAAGUUGAUCGAUAUGGCUUCAUUCAUGAAUCAUUACAUUUUGGCAGUUGAACAAACUCCAACAUCUCUGAAGUAUAUUGUUAAAUAUAUAAGUAGAGAACUAGGAUCUGGAAGAAUUGAUUAUGUGGUGGCCGAAGAAGCCUACUUAUAUCCAGAAAUAGAUCAUGCCACUUUCGACUCUCUAACCGCAAAUAUUGUGAUGGAACCGGAGUACAUAAUCACAUCCCUAGGAAUCACUUGGAGGAGUGAAAUGAACUUUGUCGAGAAUAUUGAAGAAAUUGUGCAGGAGUUCAAGACCCGCCGUGACUUAGAACCAUUGAAAAUCGUCGUCCUAGGACCCCCAUGCUCGGGAAAAACGAAAUUAGCUCAGCUGCUUUGCGACCAUUACAACCUUCAUUAUAUAUCCGUUAAGGCUAUAUUGGAUCCUAAUGCAAUGAAAACUUUGAAGGUGAAAAAUUCCUUUCAAGCCACCCAUUCUACUUGUAAAACCAGAUCGAGAACGACGUUUAAAGAAUGCGACAGACCUGAUUUGGAUAUGGAAGAAAUAGAAGGAUUGCUGAAUGAAGAGGACGCGAAAGAUUUGUUGGAGUUCGAUGUUCAGGAUUCCGAGGAAGAGAAUUAUCAGAAGAUGGCAGUGGAAGAGUAUAACAAGUUCAUACCGAAGGAUUUUCACGAAAUCCCUACGAGGUUAUCGGAAGAGCACGUGGCGAUGCUGGUUCGUAACGAAAUGCUCAAGAAUCAAAGCCAGAAUUUGGGUUUUGUGGUGGACGGCUGUCCAAAAUCAUUCAGACAAGCUUCAUGGAUGUAUUAUAAGAAAGAAAGUAAUAGAUAUUCAUUGAACUCUGACGAUACAUCUGCUGCAUACACUUCUAAACAUGAUAAGAGGUUAAUCCCAAAUUAUGUCAUCGAUUUGGAUGCUACAAACAGUUUUCUACUUGAUAGAAUCAGUAGAAUUCCUGAAGAAGUCAUACAAAACACUCACUACAAUGAGAGAGAUAUGAUACGUCGCCUCAUGACUUACAGGAGGCAAAACGAAGAAGAAUUAGGUCCUCUAGCAUAUUUUCACGAGUGCGAAACAGAAAUAGUAGAGAUAGACGUAUCAGAAUUUCCGUCAGAAGAUAUGAAUUGCAUUUUCUUCAUAUGUACAGAAAUAAUUGGGAUACCCCGAGGAUUUGGGUCUUCCACUGCAGACAUGAUGCAAUUCGAGGUGGUCAAUGAGUUUCAGGAGAAACUGCGAAAGGAGAAGGAGGAACUGCAGAAACAAAAGCAGGUGCGAACUGAGAAAGAAGAAUUAGAAAAAAACAUGAAAAAAUUACUGGAAAAGUAUCAUCACGAAAAUGUGAAAUUGGAAAGGAUUUUGGUUUCCAGAAUUGAAAAAUAUAGAAUUUUCCUAUCGGAAAAAAUACUGUCUGUAUUAUUCCAGGCUGUAAUGGCAGCUGUUGAAAAUAAACCGAGUAAUCCUUUAGAUUUUUUCGCGGAGUAUUUAUUCAAAAAUAAUCCAACUGGACAGAUGUACAAUCCUCGAUAUUCAAGAAAUGGGGAAACACUUAUCGACACCGCUAUUUUGUGAUACAUUUUUAUAAUAUUUUUACUAGAAUUCAAGAAUAAAAGAAUUGCAUUC